AUGAGGAUCCCCGCGUCGCUUCUUCCCCUCACCCUGACCCUGGGCCUGGCCUCUGCCAGAGACCCCAUCAAAAAGACCCUGACGGGCCACAUCGACCCCUCCCAGGUGUAUUCCUUCGUCUAUGUGCCCUUUGACGUCGAGCCCGGAACCACCUCCAUCUAUGUGCUGCAAAACUACUCCGCCAAGGGCGCCGGCAACUCGCUCGAUCUCGGCAUCUUCGACCAGCGCGGAGUUCAACUGGCCGGCGCCAUGAAUGACACCUUUGGGUCUCGCGGCUGGAGCGGUGGCUUCAGGAACAACUUCACCAUCACUCCUGCCUGGGCGACGCCGGGAUACAACCCGGGUCCGAUCAGCCCUGGCACCUGGAACGUCGUGCUGGGCCCCUACGCCUCGACUCCGCAGGGCAUCGACUGGCAGCUGGAUAUCGAGAUGGGCUUUGACCCGGUCGAGAGCUACUUCGAGCCGGCCUAUGCCAACGUCAACCUGGAUCCGAUCUGCAACGGAUGCACCGAGAACGACGAGUUCUGGUGGCUGCGCGGUGACUUCCACAUGCACACCGUCUACUCGGACGGCAAGUACACGCCCGACCAGCAGAUCCAGAACGCGCUGAGCCGGAAUCUGUCCUUCAUCUUCUUCUCGGACCACAACACGGACACCAGCAACGCCAUUGCCGGCUCGUACCAGGCCUCGCUGGCUCCGCAGCUCCUCGUCGGCCGCGCGAUCGAGGUGACGACUCGCCACGGCCAUUGGCAAGCCGUCGGACUCGAGCGCGAGCAGAACAUCGAGUGGCGAUACCACCCGGGGGACAACCCGGGCUACGAGGCCGCGACGGAGGCCGUCCAUCGCUCAGGGGGAUUCGUGUCGAUCAACCAUCCGUUCAUUGCCUGUCCGGCGUGCAACUGGACGUUCCCGGACUGGGACCACAACGACGCGAUCGAGGUGUGGAACGGCGUGUGGGAUGACACGGAUCAGCAAGCUGUGAACAAAUGGCACGAGCUGCUCGUCAGCGGGAAGCUGACCACCGCCAUUGGAGGCAGCGAUUCGCACUCUCCGCCGUCGCUCAACGGCCUUCCCACGACGGUGGUGAAGAGCCGCGGACGCUCCCAGGCAGGCAUUGUCGAGGGCGUCAAGGCCGGACGGGCGUAUCUACUCGAAGGUCCCGGGAUGGACCUGUCGUUCAGCGUGAAGAUUCCCUCGCAGUCGAUCACAGCCCAGAUCGGCGACAAGCUGUCGAUCGGCGCGGCGGACGCAAAGGCCCAGUUCUCGGCCGAGGGUCUGUCGGGCCAGAAGGCGUGCUUCGUGUCUGACAAGGGAUACUUCUACAAUGAGACGAUUGCAGAUGGCAAGGAGAUUGACCAGGACGUGCCCAAGGGGGCCAAGUUUGUGAGAGUGGAAGUGCGCAACAGUACGGAUGAUAGCAUGCUGGCUCUGACGAAUCCGGUGUGGUUGAACAAAUGA